CGGCUCGAUUUCAAACAAAAGAUUGUUUUGUAAACAAAAUAGAAACCGGUGCGAAACGUUUGUGUUUUGCGUAGCUUGAAUCCGCAUUUUUUUCAGAUCAUAAACAGGCCAAUGGCGGAUAAAAAAUCUGGACCAGGAAUCGGAGCCGGAGGUGGCGAUCGUGGUGAACGAUCCGGUGGAGGAGGUGGUGGUGGCGGCGGUGACAACAAGGAAAAACGCCGAAAGGAAUCAAUUUUGGACCUCAGCAAAUACCUGGAGAAAACUAUACGGGUCAAGUUUUCCGGUGGACGAGAGGCGGCUGGCAUCCUGAAAGGGUACGAUCCUCUGCUUAACCUGGUACUGGACAAUACCGUUGAGUUUCAGCGGGAUCCGGACGAUUACAAACUCGCCGAAGAUACCCGGCAUCUGGGCCUGGUUGUGUGUCGGGGGACAUCGGUUGUACUAAUUUGUCCUCAAGAGGGCAUGGAAUCGAUUCAAAAUCCAUUCAUUACGCAGGAGGGUUAACUCGCGGUUUUUGGUUUGCAUUUCCUUAUUUCUAAGAUAAAACAAUAAAGCCUAUGCUGAAAUAA